UUUGCUUUGCUCUGACGACAUUGUGAAUGAUCUUAGGCCUGUGUUGGUGGACCUGCGUGACAGGCUGACCCAGUGUAACUGGCUCACUUAUGAUUUCCCUGACACCUGUAAUAAGGCAGUGAUGUAAAAUAACCAGUGAGAGAACCUAAGCAGAAACUUUCCGCUCAGGGGAUGUUAUGUUUUAUUCUGUGAAGCAGCAAAGGGGAGGCAGGUAAACACUAUUUUAAGAAAGCUUUUAUCUUUAUUAGGACUCAAAUUGGAAUAUUUUGACCCUUGACUGCCUAUAUUUAAUACGUUAUUGUGGUUUGAAAUAUUUUACCAAUUAUUUUAUUUCUUAAUGUUGUAUUUUAUUGUGAACCACUCUUGCCAUGAAGUGGUAUAGGCAUUAAAUAAAUAAUGAAGACUAAGAACCCCCUAGGUAAACUUUUUCUUUAAUGCAUUUGUUUUUAUUAUGGUUUUAAUCAUUUUUGUUUGUGAUUGUAACUUGCCUUGAGUGCUAUUUUUCUUGGUAGAUAAGUGGGGUGCAAAACAUGUCAUAUAAAUAUUCUACUUUCCAUCCUUCUGCAAACAUCUAGGGUGGAUUUUUCCUAUUCACUCAAACAGAGAUAUUCUUGAUAAAUGAUCCCAUAGAUCUCUUAUUUGUCUAAUAUGAACAGGCAUUGAAGAAUGCCCCUGCAGCAAUGUUUCAAGAAUAUCUCCAUUUGGGAGAGUGCAGAAAGGAACAAACUUCUCUGCAUGAUCAUCUAGAAGCAAUUCUUAACUACAGUUGACCAGGGUGCCUAACAAAGUUGAAACCCAGUGCUUAAGUAUUCUGGGACAGCUUAUGGGAACUCCACUUGGUAUCUUUUGCUCCAGGCUCCUCUGCAUGGGCUGACUAUGAUACCAGGGGCAGAAAGACCAAUGACUGCUAUCGCUUUUCUCCUUUUAGCAUCAUCUGGCUGCAUUGCAAAUUUUGGUGAAUCUCUUCAGGUCACUGUUCAACCUGCUUCUGUGGUCCAGAAGCAUGGUGGCUUGGUGACCUUGCGAUGUGUGGUCGAGCCUCUGAGAGUAAAUGUUACAUGGAGAUUGAACGGAAGGGAACUGUUUCACUCAGAUGAUGUUCUGGGGAUCCAUAUUGAUCAGAGACUGCUCACCAUUGCUGCCUUAAACAACCAUACUGUGGGCCAAUACCAGUGCAUGGCCCGUGUGCCUGAAGGUGUUGUUGCCAGCGUCCCCACCAUGGUGACAUUAGCCAACCUGAAAGACUUCAAAUAUGAUGGUCAGCAUGUGAUAGAAGUUGAUGAGGGAAAUACAGCAGUGAUUGCAUGUGAUCUUCCUGAAAGCCAUCCGAAGGCCCAGGUUCGUUACAGUGUGAAACAAGAAUGGCUGGAGGCCUCCAGAGACAACUACUUGAUCAUGCCAUCUGGGAAUCUUCAGAUAGUCAAUGCCAGCCAGGAUGAUGAGGGAACAUACAAAUGUGCAGCCUACAACCCUGUCACCCAAGAAAUAAAAACAUCUGUGUCUAGUGAGAGACUCCGUGUGAGACGCUCAACAGCUGAGGCUGCUCGCAUAAUUUAUCCCCCAGAGGCUCAGACCAUCAUUGUCACAAAGGGCCAGACCCUCAUUCUUGAAUGUGUAGCUAGUGGGAUUCCACCUCCACGUGUCACUUGGGCGAAGGAUGGUUCCAGUGUCUCUAGCUACAACAAGACACGGUUCCUUCUCAGCAAUCUCCUUAUUGAUACAAUUACUGAGGAAGAUUCUGGGACUUACAGCUGUAUGGCUGACAAUGGAGUGGGUGAAGCUGCAGCAGCGUUCGUUCUGUACAAUGUUCAGGUUUUUGAACCCCCAGAGGUUAGCAUGGAACUAUCCCAACAGAUCAUCACAUGGGGUCAGAGUGCAAAGUUCACCUGCAAGGUUCGAGGAAACCCCCAGCCAACAGUUGUGUGGCUGCGUAAUGCAGUUCCUCUCUUCUCCAGUCAUCGUAUACAGCUGUCCCGCAAAGUUCUGUGGGUCUCCAGUGUUGGGCCUGAGGAUGAAGGGAUAUACCAAUGCAUGGCAGAAAAUGAAGUUGGGAGUGCACAAGCUAUGGUACAGUUGAGAACUGCCCGGCCUGAAACAACAACUCUGAAGCCACAGCAGGGCUCUGCUGGAGACUCAGCUCAGUCUGCCAUGUCACCUGCCAGGCUUAGCAGCAGUGAAAAAAUGCUCAAAGACAAGGUUGUCCUCCUAAGACCCAAGCCUACAACACCAGCAGCAUCUGUCCAGUGCACCACCAAAGAGCUGGUUUCUCUGGCUGAGGCCCCUGUCAUCCUUAGCUCUCCGCGGACUACCAAAACUGAUUCAUAUGAAUUGUUGUGGAGACCCCGGCAUGGUGGCAGAGUCCCCAUCCUCUACUAUGUUAUAAAACAUCGCAAGGUGAUGAAUUCUUCAGACAACUGGAUAGUCCAGGAUGUGCCUGCCAACCAGCAUCACUUGACUUUGACAAAACUGGAUCCAGGAAGUUUAUAUGAGGUGGAGAUGGCCGCUUACAAUUGUGCUGGAGAGGGCCAGACAGCCAUGGUGACCUUCAGAACUGGUCGCCGACCCAAGCCAGAUAUUGUUGCCAGUAAGGAGCACCAGAUUCAGAAGGAUGACCCAGGCACUAAUUCUCGGAACAGCAAUCAAUCGGACAAUACUCGCCUAUCCCCACCAGAGGCUCCUGACCGUCCUACAAUUUCAAUGGCAUCUGAGACAUCUGUUUAUGUCACCUGGAUCCCACGUGGAAAUGGAGGCUUUCCCAUUCAGUCAUUCCGAGUGGAAUAUAAGAAGCUGAAGAAGCCUGGGGACUGGGUGCUAGCCACGCGUGAUAUUCCUCCUUCCCGUCUCUCUGUGGAAAUUACAGGAUUAGAGAAAGGCACAUCCUACAAAUUUCGUGUACAAGCAUUGAACAUACUGGGGGAGAGUGAACCAAGUGCUGCAUCUAGACCAUAUGUGGUAUCAGGGUACAGCAAUCGUGCCUAUGAGCGUCCCGUUGCAGGCCCAUACAUCACCUUCACUGACGCCAUCAACGAGACCACCAUUAUGUUGAAGUGGAUGUACAUCCCAGCCAGCAAUAACAAUACACCAAUUCAUGGUUUUUACAUCUAUUAUCGACCAACUGAUAGUGAUAAUGAUAGUGAUUAUAAGAAGGAUGUGGUAGAAGGUGACCGGUACUGGCAUUCUAUCAGCCACCUACAACCAGAGACUUCAUAUGAUAUCAAAAUGCAGUGUUUCAAUGAGGGUGGAGAGAGCGAAUUCAGUAAUGUGAUGAUCUGUGAAACCAAAGCUCGCAAAUCUGCAGGGCCAGCUGGACGUCUCCCACCAUCUACAGUGUCUACAGUACAGCAUCCACCACUUAGUAGUGGCCAUAAUGUCUUAGGGGCGGGGGCCAUGAUGGCCCGCUCCAGUGAUCUGCCCUACUUGAUUGUAGGGGGAGUGCUGGGCUCCAUCGUUCUCAUCAUUGUGGCUUUCAUCCCAUUUUGCCUUUGGAGGGCUUGGUCUAAACAAAAGCAGACCAUUGAUCUUGGCUUUCCAGGAGCAGGACUGCUGGUGUCAUCUUGCCAGUACACCAUGGUGCCACUGCGAGGAGUCUCUGCUUCUCAAGCUAAUGGAUUACGCUAUGCAAAUGGUGUGCAUCUACCAGCACACCACGGAGCUAAUGGCCAUUUUCCUUCAGCUACAAUUUCCUAUUCUAGUGCAAAGCCACAUGAUUAUGGUCCUGAGGAGGUUCAUCAGCAGAAUGAGGCCAAUGCGUUUCUGCAGGGGAAGGCACUGCAAAAUGGAAAUAUUCCAGCUGAACACCAAAGGUCCCCCAGUCCUGUACUAGACCAUAGUUCUUAUCUGUAUGGGCUUCCAGAUGACUCUACACACCAACUGCUUCAGCAACAUGAGGACCACCAUCACCACCACCAUGAACAACGCCUUGGCCUAUGUCACUCAGUACCACAAAGCAAGAAGGGCAACUCCGUUAUGGAAGAUAUGAAGAAUACUGUCUUCCAUACAGAUUCUACAUGCUGCCUUGGACUAGUACCAGUGGAAGAUGUAGAGAGGACAGAUUUCUGCCACAGUAGAAGACCAAUGUGGCACCCAAAUCCAGUGGAUGCUUGCUUGAGAGAGAGCCCAGAGAAGCCAAGCAGCCUGCCACUGAAUGUUGCCUUGGAUAUUCUUCCUAGCACCAGCUAGGAAACAAAUUGCCUUACAAAGACUAUUCUAAACAGAGAAAUAGUUAUUUAUUUUUGUAUUACAUCUCUAUUUAUAUAUUUAUGCACUUGUAAAUAGAUGUGUAUGUGCCUUCUACAAAUGCAUUGAGAAAAGUGGUAUCAUGUGCAAAGAUGAGAGGGAAUAAACUGAGGCUGGAGCAACACCACAUACCUUCAUCAGAUCAUAAACUGGAAAAGUCAGCUUCCUGUUCUAUGUCUGAGAAGGCAUCAGAGCUGCCUUGCAGCAGCAGAAUAAGCAGAAGACCAAUAAUCACAUUCUUCAGCUUCUUAAAGGUAUGUUGCUAAGGACACAAUCAUAUGACCCCCUGUAAUGGAGUGGCGCAUAGGAUUAUUUGGAGUCCCAGCUCCAAAGUUCUGCCACCUCUGUUUGGAUUCCAAAGGCUGAGCCCCUGCCCCACUUUCUCAUAGCCAUCACAAAAAACAAUGCCAGCUGUGCCUCUACAUUCACAAAUCAGCCCUGAAAAGGAAUAAAAAGGGUGCAGUGGGGAGGGGGAUGGCCAGGGCCAAUGACUUAGAUGGAUCCAAAGGGCAGCCCAGCCUCCUUCCAUCCCUCUCUGCAUCAUUUCAUCUAGAUGGUGAAAUGAAAUGGAGGGCAAGAGGUGCAGUGGCAGUGAAGAUCACUGAUACCCCACCUCACCCCAUGUACUGGAUGCUCAUAAGCAAGCUCACAUGCUUGCUUGCAUCAAGGUGAGGGGCAGUGGACUGUCCUCUAAAUGAUGAGAUUACCUUUUAUGUAAUUUCUUAUCUCAUCAUCGCACUGCAGAAUGCCAAAUGAAACAGAUAUAAAGUACACACAAUACUUACCUGCCUUAAGAAGCAAUAUACACAUACACAGAGCCUGUGAUAGUGUUCCUGUAAUGAAACAAAUGCCAUGCUUUAUCAAGUAAAUAAAGACUGUUUCUCCCCUUGAAA